AUGGAUAGUGACACAAAUUCAGAAGACAUGAAUGAAGAAUAUAUACAACAAGUCAUAGCAGAAGAAAUGGAAAUUGAUGAACUUGUCCUUGUUGUUGCAAGAACAUCGGUAUAUUAUCAUAAUAAUUUUUUGGUUAAGGAACCAUGUAGAAAUUCACCUCACACUGGCUGGAAAUUUAUGAUGGAAAUUAUGGAUGGAAAUGGUCGACGAUGUCAUGAGAUGUUUCAAAUGGAAAAACAUGUUUUUUGUAAACUGUGUGAUAGAUUGAGAAGAAAUAGAAUGAUUCAAGAGCAUUUUCAGCAUUCAGGUGAAACUGUUAGUAGACAAUUUUCAAAUGUAUUGGAAAAAAUCAGUAUGCUUGCUUUGGAUGCAAUUAGACCACCUGAAAAUUUUGAUGAAGUCUCAUAUUAUAUACGAAACAAUCAUAGAUAUUGGUCAUACUUUAAGGAUUGUAUUGGAGCAAUAGACGGAACACAUGUUCGAGUUUCACUUCCAGUAGAUAAACAAAUACCAUACAUUGGAAGAAAGGGUUGUCCUACACAAAAUAUUAUGGCUGUAUGUGGAUUUGAUAUGUUAUUCACAUUUGUAUGGGCGAGUUGGGAAGGAACAACACAUGAUACUCGUACGUAUUACUUAGUUGAUGCAGGGUAUCCAAAUAUGAAAGGUUAUUUAGCUCCAUAUAAAGGGCAAAGAUAUUAUCUUCUUCAAUUUCAACAAGGUAGUCAACCUAGUAGCUCUAAAGAAGUAUUUAACCACGCUCAUUCAUCAUUGCGCAGUGUUAUCGAACGUUGUUUUGGUGUAUGGAAAGCACGAUGGGAACUUUUGCAACGAAUGCCAAAUUAUAAGUUUGAUAAACAAGUAACUAUUGUUACUGCUUCAAUAGCUUUACAUAAUUUUAUCAGGAGAGAGACCAUUAAUGACAUAGAAUUUCCAUCUUGUGAUGAAGCAAAUGAUGAUUUUCUAAAUGACGAUAACUCAAAUAUUAACUUAGUAAGAGAUAAGAAUGAAAUGAGAGUUAUUCGUGAUAAAAUCACAACUGAACUCAUGCUUAGAUAA